AAAAAAUAAUAAUAAUCCAGAAAAAACAACAACCAAUCUCCAAAUGUACUAAAUUUAAACGAGAGGCAACGGAAAAUGUUAGCAUGCGCAACGAGCUGCAUUUCGCUUUUAUUUUGAAAUCCGGAAGCAGCAAAAACAAAACAAACGCCUUGAGAGUCACACAAUCAUGCCGGUGGCCCGUGUAUGAAACAUACCUUUUCGAAUGUCACCGGUCGCGUGAUCUUCGAGUUCACCGGGUUCAUUAAGUAAGUCAAGUGUGCGUUUUCCGUUGUUGGCGGCGAUGAAGAGCUUGGCGGUAUUGCACUCGCAGCUUGCGAGCAUCAUGGAGGCUCUGACCCGGGCCGCCGUGGCCGAAAUGUGCCAGCUGGUGGACGACAGCUACGCCGUCGUCCAAAUGGAGCUCACCCGCAGCCGCGAGGAGAACGACGAGCUCCGCAGGAAGCUGGAGCUCAUGGAGACCAUCAUCGCCCGGGGCUGCUACGGCGGCGAGGGCGCAGCCGCCGUCUCGGGCGCUGGAAGCCCGGUGGGAGGCAACGACAAGCCUGACGAGGUGCGUUUCCCAUCAUCGGGCCUGGCGGACAGGUCGCCGAAUGGCUGCAACGGGCUGAGAGGACGACCGACGCCUUUGUCGUCAGCGCCGAGCGUAGAAGACACGCCCUCGGCUGCAGAGCAGGACACGUCGCACGCCGGUAUCUUGAGGAGCAUAGAGGACGUGUCUCCGGUCAAACAGGAAGUGGCAAGUGACGAGGACGAUGCCAGCGAGCUGCUGCUUCUGGAUGAUGACGGAGCAGAACUGGCGCCUGAAGCCGGUCCCUCCGGAAUGGUCGCCUCCAACUCAUCAGCCGAUUCUAGUCCUUGGGAACAAAAUAAUCACGCGGCACCUCGAGGUUCCCUUGGUUUUCCGGGCUCCGCGGGUCUUGCCAGAGACAUCUCCUCAAAUUUGGUCAGCGACGGCCAAAUCCCACCGGUGAGGGAGAGCUCGGCCUAUGUUUCGCAAGGUCCCGACCGGGCUGUGGCUUCACGCGGCCCCGGAGGGGGCGCCGGCGAGCUGGACCUGGGCUGUUCGUGGACCGAUCGGAGCCUGGCCAGCAUCAUGGCCCUCCACCACCGCCCCGCAUCCGACUUGAACACCGCUUUCCCUUUGGCUCUGGGCUUGGCGGUGUCCCGAUUGGACGCUACGGACCGAAGCCGCUUGUGUGGCGACCGGCGUUUCGUUUGCCGCUACUGCGGCAAGUGGUUCUCGUCGGCGCGCAGCCUGGAGACACACGUGCGCGUCCACACGGGCGAACGGCCAUACUGCUGUGGCCAGUGCGGAAAGCGCUUUACGCAAUCGGGCCACCUGAAGACCCACCAGAGUGUUCACACGGGCGAGCGACCGUUUGCCUGCCACUGCUGCUCCAAGCGCUUUGCGGGCAAGCAGAACCUGAGGAUCCACCUGCAGAAGCACCACCCCGGAGAGCAACAGGAAGGCUGAGCCCGGCCGGCCGGGCGACCAUCAUUUUUGACGUUUCAACUUUUGACCUCACCAAGAAGUUUCGUGAAGAACCGUGUGCGAUUCUUUGUGCGCGGGCGCACCUUUCUCGAGCCAUUCUUUAGGUUCUUAUUCAAUUUGAUUGCAGUUCUUUUGCUGUGAUUUGAUUCAAUUUCAAGUUGUUUAGUUUUCAAUUCUCUAGGUUGCCAUUUGUUUGAGGAUUUUGCUUUUUUAGGUCUUGAGGACUUUUUAGAGUGUGAUUCAAUUCAAUUUUGAUUUAAACUCCUUGAUGUAAAUUUGGUAAGAAGUAAAGCGAGCGACGCAUUUUGAAAGAAUUGUUUUCAUGCCUCGCUUAGCGUCGCCGUAGCUCAAAAGGGACGUGCCGGAUUUAUGAGCUCUGUUUGGAUCAAAAUUUAGAAAGAAAUUUUUUUAAUUCGUGGCUGUCUACCGUCGAUCAUUGGACACGUAAGUAUGGCGCCGUGCACCACCUGCACCCUUAUUCGAGAGAUGUUGUCUCUGGUAGAGAGUUUUUAAAUGCCCUACCGAUAUAUAUCAAAACUGCUACCUCAGUAGAAACAUUUAAGACACAUUUUUAUGCCAUGGCCUUGAAUUAACCUGUGGUGGCCGAUUCGGCUGGAGUGUGUGUUUUCGCCAGACAAAUGAUUCACCAUGGAAAGACAAAUAUGAGCUUUUAAUGUGCGUCUAUAAAAGUAAAACUGGGAAGUGUUGGACACACACGUGUCACGCUUACAUGUGACAAUGAUUAUACUGUAUUUUGAUUGGCUGACAAAUAUAAAUCAUAAAUAAAAGCAACAUCAUGCAGACACAUUUCGGUGACAACACUCUUAUAAAAAUGAAUGUUUUAGUAAAUAAAACCACAUUUGACCCUUCUUGCUCCACACAAUAA